AUGGAGUCUCCCUGGGCUAUUGGAGGUUCAGAAGAACACAGUGGCGGCAGCGAGUCUGGGUGGACAAAUUAUAUUGGCUCCACCACACAAAACGAGAAUGACAACAGCAAAGAUCCUCGUGUUGAUGAUGAUGAUGAUGAGAGUGAGGAUUCUAUGGCUUCAGACGCCUCCUCGGGUCCGAGUCACCAUGAACUUCCAAAUGGAGAGGGUGAGGGAAGUGGCAGCAUGGGUCAUACUCAUAUCAGGCAUGCAAAAGAUGAAGCCAAUAGCAAGUUAUUCUCAGAAAAGAAAGCGUGCAAACAGGUCAAGAAAAAAGAUGAAAGGAGAGUAAAAGAACAAAAUGAACAUUCAGCAUACAGGGCAGAGAGCGCUGGCAGUCAAGUUUCAAGUGGAGCCAAGGAUUCAUCAAAAGCUGAUUCAUUUGAAACGUGGUCAGGACGGAUAAGCAUUGAUUCCCAGUAA